CUGCAAGCAGUCCAGACAGUCUACUAGCCCUUUCUCUCAUCUUUGCUCCUCUCUUUGACAGUGUUUUAAACAGAUUCAUCUUAUUCAAUGGCUAUCAAUUACGUACUGCUCGUAAGUCGGCAAGGCAAAACUCGUCUUGCAAAAUGGUUCACAACCCUCAGUCCAAAAGAAAAGACAAAGAUCGUCAAAGAUGUCACUCAACUCGUCCUUGCAAGGCGAGCUAAAAUGUGUAACUUUUUGGAAUAUAAAGACACAAAGGUCAUUUAUCGGAGAUAUGCAAGCUUGUUCUUCAUCACUGGAGUUGACCCAAGUGAGAACGAAUUGUUAAUAUUAGAGGUCAUUCAUCGAUACGUUGAAGUACUGGAUCGGUAUUUUGGAAACGUCUGUGAAUUGGACCUUAUCUUUAACUUUCAAAGAGCAUAUUUCAUCUUGGACGAAUUACUAUUAGCAGGAGAGAUGCAAGAGUCUAGUAAAAAGACAGUACUUCGGGUGAUCACACAAAUGGACGCCAUGGAAGAAGAAGAAGCAAAGGAAGAAAAGAACAAAUAAUGCCUUUUUUUUUCAUUAUUGUUUUUCAUUUUUUCAGACACAGUGGAGCGGCUGGU